AUGUAUCUUUGCUUUUUGAUCCUUUUACGUGAAAAUGAACGAGCAAUACUGAAUAUCAUCAAGCAAAUUUUGGCUGAUAUAGACAUGGGACACAAGAUCACAGAACUUCUUAGCAACGCAGAGAAGUUCUCUUACUCUUUCGAAGUUACUCCUGAUAUAACUGAAGAUAAACUAAACAACAUUUCACUAGAGCCAGCAUUUUACUCAAUUACAUGGCAUGCGAAGUUGUAUGAAUUCAAAGAUCUAAAUAUUCCGCCUUUACGAUUAGCUGAGAGCUUGGCAAAUAAAAACAAAAAUGUCUUGCUAAAUUUAUCGUGUCAUAAAUUGAGGAAACCUUAUCUAAAUGGUGUUUUGGAUUAUCUGAAAUCAAAUAAUGUAUGCAAUUUGUUCGCUAUACAAGGAGAAGGUUACGAUGAAAACCUAUCGGACUUCAAAUCAACAUCAGAGUUAGUAACAUACAUUAGAGAACAUUCAGGGGACUUUUUCUCUAUUGGUGUGGCUGGACACUGUGAAAAAUUAGCCAGUGUUGAGGCUUUAAAAAGCAAAAUGGACAGUGGAGCUGAUUUCAUUAUGACGCAGGCAUUUUUUGACCCGAAUGUCUUCAAAUCGUUUGUGGAUAAAUGUAAAGAUGCAGACAUUACAGCACCCAUUAUCCCAGGUGUAUUUCCCUUUGAAAAUCAGGCUGAAGUGGAAAGAUUUAUAACCUUGUGUAAAAUACACGUCGACCCAAAUGUUAUGGAAACUAUAAAAAAUCAGUCGACCGUUCAUAUUGUAAAGAAUCUAAUUGAUUUUAUUUUGAAAGAGACUGAUGUUAGACACUUUCAUUUUUUCACUAUGAAUAAAUUCGAAAGGGCGUCGAAUAUUAUCGAAGAAGUAAUCAAAUCUGAAGGUAUAAGAUGA